AAUUACAAUCACAACUACAGCCACAGCCACUUACUUCAGACAAAAUGGUCUUCCGCUUCGCCAAAACCCUCGACCCCAUAACCCUCUUCCACACGCCGAGCAACAGCGCCAGCAAAAACGCCUACAAAAUCCUGCAGCGCGCGUCGACGCUCGCGCAAUCGCCCGAUGCGCCGGCGGGCGGCCGCGGCGAGUUCCAGCUGGAGGUGACGACGGCGCCGCCGACGACGGACCAGCUGCGCAACAUCCUCGAUUACGUGACGGGCAACCCGGCGGGGGCCGGGGCGCCGGACAAGGGGAUGCGGUAUGGCGUCGGGGAGGUGGUGCGCGGGGCCAAGGAUGCGGAGGAGGCGGUGCGGCGGUUCAAGGCGGAUCCCGAGGGGACGUUUGUGCGGCCGAUUACGGUCGACUGGACGAAUGGUCAGGCGGUUAUUGGGGAUAAUGAGUCGGAGAUCUUGAAGAUGGUGCAGCAACUUAGUGAGAAUUAAGUACCCCAAAAGGACGGUACUACGAAAAGGCCCAAAAAGCUUCUGCAGACCGUUAGGCAUGUAUUUCUACGAUACGCUGUAUCAUACACUUCUCCCCUCCUAUGCACUGGCAAAUACCCGUCCUGCCAUGCUCCAUGCCCAUAGCCAAUGAAAUAUCAUGUCAUACUCGCUCAAUUGAACUCCGACCCGAGACCCAGCUCGUGCU